CACUUUCCUCCCCCUCCUGUUCGAGGAGAGACAGCCUGUUUUCUGAAGGAGAGGAACUGUCCCGGAGCCUCCAGACUGGGAUUGUCCGAGUGAGAACAUGCGGGCAGCGGGGCACCAGCUGGCCGCUGUGCUGGCUCUGUUUGCCGCAGUGUUCGGGUCGCGGGCGGAGGUGAUCGAUGACAUCUUGAACAGCCUUUCCAGGGGAGCAUCCUUCCUGGAGCGGCAACAUGAGCACAUCAACCUGGACGGGGUGGUCGGCUUCCUUAUGCUGCAAGCUGAGCUGAAGGAGGCAGUUCGGACGUGGCCUCACAGCGACCCGAUCAGCUGGGCUCAGAGAACCCGCGCAGUCGCUCUGGUCAGACGUCUUGAUCAGAGCUUCAACAAGGCCAUUGCCGCCCUGCAGCAGAAUGACCCCAAAUACUACAGAGAGUUUGAGCCCCUGCUGUCGUGGAGUUUCUGGUUGAUUCCUCAGGAGUGGAGCUCCACAGAUUCCAGCCUGGUGUAUCCCUCUACCAUGACCACCGAGUGUUACGAUGAGCAGCUCAGCGACAAAUGUCUGACCCUGCUGCUGGGAACCUGGAAAAUGAACGGGACACCCUGCAUCGUCACCAAACCAUGUCGGGACACCAUGACCCGCUUUGGCUGUCCACACUACUCUCUGUCCCACCAGCUGCUCUACUUCAUGAUUGGAAAAAUGAGAGGCUGCACCAACCUGCUGAAAGGCGACACUCGAGCAACCCGAGCCAACAUGACUGAACGCAGCUACGAGAAGAUCUUUUGCUCUAACAUGAUGAAGACCAACCAGGACAUCAUCAGAGACGGUCUGACCGAGCAGACGGUGGACAUCUUCAUUGAAAACAUCCUGAUUUGUGGAUUGGCUGGCUUCUCUGACUUCUACAAUGCUGAUUGGCUGCAGCAUAUCCUCAGGCUGCAGGAUGAGGAAGUGGGCUGCUUUGGGAGAGACAAGAGCAUCAUCUCUCAGAUCAUCGGAGACGAGCUGCUGGAACAGCUGCAGCCUCACAGGAGAGUAAAGAGGAGGGAGAAAAUACUUCCAGAUGGCUGUUCCAGUCAUAUGACAGCAGUGGCUGUUGGUGCUCUGGGAGGAUACCUUAACUACUACCUGACAGAACAGGACAUAACAAAGAGGCCACUCUCCUGAACGUCCCGACCACCACCCACCCUCUUCGUGGGUGCAUUGACACGAGCAAAAUGUUGUAGAUCAUCAGACAGAGGUGCUCUUCACGGUUCGACUCCCGACACAAUGUUACUUUAUGAACAUAAGUCGUAAGAUGAUGAAAAUGCUUAAUAAAACGCUGGAAUGUGGGUGCUUGGCACAAAAUGGAGAUUUUCCUUCUACCUUUUUUUCUAUAUUGUAUUCUAUGAUUAUAAUGAGGAAGAUGCUUUACUCACUGUAUGCUGAAUCUGCUUUGCAUCUAAUUAAUUCUAAAUGAGAUGUCUUUUGAAAGUAGCGAUGCUCCAAUCCAACAAAAACCAUCAGAAUAUACUCCUCACAAAUAACUUGAGCAGCUGAAAGAGUUAACGUGAUCUCCAGGCAGCUCAUGUUGCUGUCCAUGUGGAGCUGGACAUGGUUGCAGCUGUUGUCUCCAGAUACAGUAAUGUAGGCUGUUAUUUGGCCUGUGAUUCAACAAGCUAGCUAAAGAAUUUAACUGUUUUUUUCUAAAUGAAAUCAGGGUAAGCCAAUGGGUCGGACUUAGCUUUUUGACUCACAGCUUUUUAACCAGUUUUGUAAGUUAUGGUCAAAGGGAUACACAGUGAUAGUGUUAACUGUGAUGUAAUCUCCUGGUUGGUAGUUUUUGACUGAAUUUGACAUUUCAGGCUGCUCUGUGAUCAUUCAGAGACAAAAAGUUUGCAGAGGAUGGAGACCUGUCCAGAAUUUAGGUGGAAAAGACACCUGUUGAUUUUGGAGUAUGACGAGAUGUGAUGAAUUAAAGGAGAAAUAUUGUACAGUAUCACCUGAUUCUUAUUCUAGUAAUUGUGCAUAAAAUGGGAACGCUAGUCCCCAAAUUCAGACAUCAGAAAGGUGUUAGGUAUUUCAGAUGAUGUUUAAUGAUCUGACAAGCAGUUUGUUUAAAGCAUACUGAUCUUUAGUAGUGGUUCUUUCAGGGUCUUUUCUGCAGGAUCUGUCUGUAAACAUGCUUAUCAACAGGUUAAUAUUAGCAACCAUUAAAAGCCUGAUUGGAGCAUCCCUAUUUGAAAGGCCAAUUAAUAUUUACUGUAGCCUUAAAGAAAAACUUCACAAGUUUUUUUUUUUUUUUUUUGUCCAAAAAUAACAUUUUUAUUUUAAAUUAAAUUAUGUUUUUUCUUCUUACAAACAUUUUUUGACUAAAUAUAAAGCCAAAAGAGAGGGCCAGAAGGCAGCUGCACAACCAGCACUGACCAAGAGGAUAUAUGCAUGAACUAUGAAUGUCUGUAGAUGAACUUACUGUACAUACAGAAUGUUAUCAUGUAUUUCACGUUAGAAGAAAAAACAACCAAUAAAAAAGUCUGCUGUAUAUAAA